AUGUGGAAUGGGACAAACUUUGAGCUAGAUAGCUUAUUGAAAUUCAACAUUCGUAGUGCUGCAUCUCCUUACUACAUAACCUUGGUUGCGUGCCUUCCAUCUAGCGGUUUGCAGCAGAUCUUUCAAGUUCUCGUAGAGGAAGAACGUCUUGGCAUUUUAGAUUUGACAUGCCCCAUCUCUAGACCUCAAGGGACCGAGAGUUCAAGGAAGGAGUCAACUCCUUUCUUACGUCCACAUUCCGAGCCAGUGUUCUCUACUUACCAAGACAGAUUGGAUGAUUGGCCCUCGUCAAUAAUUCCAUGGCCCUCCUCUGAGAUUGGUUUUAUUGACACAAAGUGUUUUUACAUGUUAAAUGAAUCUGAGUUGCAAUGUGAUUGGAUUUUUUUGUAUGUGGAACUUGCAAUCUGUACUUCCCAAAGGUGGUUUAAAGCUGUAAGUUUUGUGUUCUCCCACUUUGCGUAUCAAUAACAUACAUGGUGAUAAUGCAAAAUCUUGUUGAUGCAGAAGGAUCUCUCCAACUUUUUGGAGAUUGUCCAAGUGGCCAUAGAAUCUCUCGAUGAUAAGGAGCCCCCAAGUCUCAAGUCUAAAGCUGUAGUCAUUUACAUAGCAUACAAGGACUUGGCCAAGGCUAGGACUGGUGAGCCUUAUCACUGCCAAGAUGUUGUAAGACGAGUCAUCAACGAGGCUACCGGAAUAUUGAGCAUCCAAGGUGAUUGUUGGAUUGAAGAAGCAGCAAUGGCUUCGGUGCCUUCUAAAAAGAGAUCCCGAAUGCUUAGGUGUCGCUUAGGAGUUCAUAAGCUGUGGAGGUUGUCUAGUCCUAGGUGGUAUCAAAUGUACAAAAACCAUGGCCUCCAAUCUUCCCCACAAGUUGAUUGCCUAUUUAGUAACUUAAGACAUUUGAAGAUGUCUAUUAUAGGCCCAUCGCACUGUGUAAUGUCUAUUACAAAAUCUACUCAAAGAUUCUCACCCGCAGGCUACAACCCCACAUGGAUAGACUUAUCUCCGAAAACCAGUCGGCCUUCGUCCCAGGACGAGCAAUUGGUGAUAAUAUCCUUAUCACUCAUGAGGUACUUCAUUUUCUAAAAACAUCUAAAGCGGA